AUGUAUAACUAUUUAGUAUUGGCAACUAUGAUGGUUAUCAUGAUGAUGACAUUAUCAGUUACAGAAGGACAAUUAUAUUUAUCAAUAUCAUCACAAGGAGUUGAAGAGUUUAUUCUACCAGACUAUUGUUUUGGUAUGGAGAAAUGGGUUGUUAGAAAUAAUGUGGCAGAGAAGAGAGUCUAUGACUUUAGUGACUGUGAUGUCUACUUGCACUCUGACAAUUACAAGAUUGGUCAAGACUAUAAUGGUACAACUUACUCGGUGGCCAAUAUAGACAAUGUAGUGUUCCCAUCGAAUAGUUUCUGGUGGGUCAAUUAUGACAAUACAUGGGGCAAGUGUAACCAGACCAUUCUCACAACUGGAUACUAUUCAACUGGCAAAUGCGUAGUCUUUGACGUUCAAAAGCCCCAACAAGGUUACGGUAUCUACUCUUGCAGCAAGAACAAAGAUAAUGCAGAGGCUGAACAAUACGGUAGCGACUCUACAUGCAGCUCCUCACCAACUGGUGGUAAGAACUUCCCAUACGCUUCUUAUUGUGGUGCAAGAUAUAUCAAUCAAAGACAAGGUUGUGAUAGUCCAGGUAAAAAUGGUCCCUACAUUGAUGAUGGAUCAAGUAGUGAUAAUAAUAGCAGUAGCAAUGAUGACCAAUAA